AUGAAAAAUGCCGAAGGCGCUGGCGAUGCAUCGGCCGAAACUGGUGGCAAUUUGGUGAUCUUAACCUCGAUCGACGAGGAUGGCCUCAAGAUCUCAUACACGGAGAAGCAAAUACUCCCAGCUGAGGCGUCACUGAAACAGGCCUCGGCGACCCCGGCUAUAGAAGAAGUACCAAAAGCGGAGGGCGAGGCGGAGACGAGUUCACCUUCUGCUGGUGAAAAAGUAGUAUUGCCGGCUUCAAGAAAUCCGAUAGAGCAGAUACAACCUGUGGAAACAAGGCCAGGCUGUUUGCCGACUACAACUGCAGUAGUAACAGACCAAAAAGUGUUUGUGGAGAAGGCCGCUGAGUCCUCACCUGGAGUAGUAACAGACCAAAAAGUGUUUGUGGAGAAGACACCGCAAGCAGGCUCUUCUACUAUAAGUAAGACCAGCAGUUUUGCUUUCUCAAAACAACCUCCGUCGACGUCUAAGCUUGAGAUAUCGGGGAGGACUAAGACACCUGGCUCAUCGACCAAGACACCAGGCUCAUCAGACAGAAGAGCCGGAGACAAUAGUCAUGCUGAUUCACCAGCAUCGUCUUCAUCUACUGGGCAGGAGGUAGCAGAAGUGGGUGUUGUAGUCGAAGAGACGGAGGUUAAUGAAGUUGCUAGCGCCCAUUCUCCAGUUUUGCGUUCGCCGACCUUUGCCUGAGCAGAUACGGGUACUUUUAUCUUACGUGUGAAACGGGAAUGGCAUGACUUCUUUAUUGUAGGCUCAAGAUAAUUAAACGGUGCUGCCCACUGUGAUAGUGCAAUAUUUCCACCAAUCGAAGAGGAUGAUCGACAAACAUCAAAAUGUUGACAUAUUCUCUCUAAUAUCAAAUACGUUCAGGUACUCCGACUUACCACCUGAAGCGAGAUACUCUACGACGAAUCCGACAUUUUGAUGCAGACCUGGCGAUGCGUUAAACGAUUCUCGCGCAGAAACCAUUGAUUUUUACUCCUUCUUAUUUCUUCAAACUACAAGCAAUUUGUUCCUUCUUAAUUCUUAAUUUCAUUUUUUUGCUCAUGAUUGCUCCCUAAGUCGUAUCAGUAACGACAAAAACAUAAACACUCGUUCUUUACAUAUAGCUUUUUCAGCUUUGACGUUCAUAUCUUCCCUCCUCUAGCAAGAACAGUGAGGGCCAAUGUGCUACACACACUUUUCAGAUGUCACUGACUCUCUAUUCUUUGAAAAUGGCGAUGUUGAUGUUGAUGAAUCAAUAAAACUGAUAUUCUUCAACGUGAUUGAUAUUCAUUUUUUACCUCCCCUAUUCACUUUCAAACAAAAGCAAUGGUCUGAUUCCCGUGAU